CCCUCUCUCACUCCCUGUGGCAGUGCCUGUGCUCAGUGGGGGCGGUAGAGGCGUUACUUCCGUCUGUCUCAGUGACUGUGUUUCAGCUGCUGUUUUGCUCGGCGUUUAGGGAACGGCGGCCUCAGCAUAUCCCCAAAGCGGCAGGACUGUGUUAAAACAAAUUGAGGCCGCCUUCCUAGCAAUCAAGCCCUCAGGCAGACACCGGAGAAAAAUGUCCACGGAAUUUGAUCUGUCGCCUCCUGAAAUACCAGAACCAAACUUCUUCGACCAUGUCCUACGCUAUGGCUUAUUCCUAGGAGCCAUUUUCCAGAUUAUUUGCAUAUUGUCCAUCAUUCUACCUUCCAAAUCACCAGAGCCAGAAUGGGAACAAUCGGAAGCAAAGCCUUCGGACAGCGCUAAAAAACAGAAACCUGCAGCUCCAUCAGCGGGCAAGAAAGCAAAGAAAGAGAGCAAGAAAAAGAGAUAAAUGUUUGAAGAGCCACACACUGCAUCCAUUUUAUUCUCUGUACAAACUGCAUUUGGAAGCAACUUUUAUGCAUUGCUACUCUUGUAUCUAUACUAUACUAUAUAACGGUCUUUCACAGAAGCUUCUCAGCCACAUAUUUAAUACUGCUACAAUUAUAGAUCGCUGUGUGUUUUUUCAGUCUCUUAUCAAAAUCAUAGGUUAAAAUGCGCUCACAUGCCUCUGUUUAACCUGUGAUUUUCUUACGUUAAAUGCUUUCCAUUCCUCCGAUUACUCAGUUAGAAAAAAGCACUGAAUUCAUUGCCACAGGCCGGAAGGUCAGAUGCCUGGCCUGUGCUGAACUGGUUCACAGCUUGACGGGAACCUUUCUGAAGCUCCAUUGCUUGCAUUGGCCACUCGUUGUCUCAACUCAUGGGAAGGAAAAUGCCCACUUGAGCAAGGUAUCAGCAGGUGAUCUAUAGAGCAAGAGCUCGUGUUGUCAAGAGAGGAAGAGGAGAGGAUCUGGGCAAAUGAACCCUGGAGCUUGAUAAUGUACUGUUUUUGUCUGUUCCACCUGGUGUAGAAAUUGUCCCACAGUAUAAAUAGGGAUGUUUCCAUAGCACCAAGCCCUCAGGCAAUAUUGCAAACCCACAGUCUUGAAGCAAUUCCACUAAACAAACACGAUAGGUUUACCAAAUGUUUUCACCCUUAUUACAUCUCUUGGUUUGUGUUCGAAUCUGCAAUGCUGUAAACAGCCACUCUCAAAUAUGUGUGUGUGUGUGUGUGUGUGUAGGGGGAAGGAUUUUAUGCAGUACUUGUAUAGAGAGAAAAUUACUGGAAAGCUUUUCUGUUGAGUUUACGUUCUUCUUGUUGCUCGCUCUGAUUUUCUACACAUAUAUCCAGGGGCAGAAGUUCACUGCACAACUGUGGUUUAAUAUUAACAAAUUAAUGCCUCACAGUUGCUUUGGUGAAUGCAGAAAUGCUUUACUGAGAAUUUAAUGAUCCGAAUCAGAAAACAAACAUUUUGUAUUAUGGCAACGAAAGACUUCACUUUCACUAAUGUGUCGUUUUGAGUACAACUAACCGAAAAUGUUUCACUUUUAUCAGUAUAAUCUACUGUAACGAUUUUGUUUGUUGUCCAAAAGUACAUAUGUAUUAAAUGGAUUUGGAGCUAAUAUUUUUGACGUUCUACCCCAGCACAUUUUUGUUUGCCUUUGAAACUAAGUUACAGGGUUCGUUGUGGUUGAUCUGCUCUGCAGUGUGGAACUUGAAUUAUCACAAGUGAUGUUUAAACAUUGCUCCAAAAUGUUCUGGGUCGAACAUGUGUUCUAUCAUGACGUCUAGUAGCCAGCAGUAACUCGAACUGAAACUUAAUACAAGCCAUUUGAGGAUGAUUCAUAAACUAUAUGAAACAUUUUGAUCAGCUUGCUAGCUUGAAAUGAACAUUUCCCCACGCUUCCAUCACAAUCGGCUGAUCUUAAAUUUGCCCAUUCAAGUUACUGUCAAAGUAGCUCAAAGAAAAUGUUCAAUGUGCUCGUAGAGAAAUGAACUGCUACAUCGGGCGAGGAAACAUAAAUUGAAAUGUUGCUCUAUUGUGUGGCUUGAGUGACAUUCUGCCAAUUGGAGAUGAGGGAGAUCUGAGAUUGUGGAACAUCUGUGAGGCUAGUUCCAUAACAAUUCAUUCAAUAAAGUGGUUUGUAAAGAAA